AUGCCUUACCCAGAGACUGCCGAGGGCUUCAUGAUCGAGAGCCAAAAGGACUGGCAAAACUUCAAGAAGCAGGAGUUCAAGCUCAAGCCAUUCGAGGACCGCGAUAUUGACAUUGCCAUUGAGGUCUGCGGUGUCUGCGCCUCCGAUGUCCACACAAUCAACGGUGGCUGGGGCGAGGCACCAAUGCCUCUCUGCGUUGGUCACGAGGUGGUAGGCAAGGCCAUCAAGGUCGGCAAGGACGUCAAGACUAUCAAGGUCGGCGACCGCGUCGGUGUUGGUGCACAGAUCCAGGCCGAUUUGACCUGCAACAACUGCAAAGCCGAUCAGGAGAAUUACUGCCCGAGCGCGGUCGACACUUACGGUGCGCCAUACAAAGAUGGCACCCUAUCGCAGGGUGGCUAUGCUUCGCACAUCCGCUCGCACGAGUACUUCACCUUCAAGGUUCCGGAUAACAUUGACAGUGCCAUUGCUGCACCCAUGAUGUGCGCUGGUCUCACAGUCUACUCGCCUCUUGUCCGCCUUGGUGCUGGUCCAGGCAAGAAGGUCGCCAUCGUCGGUCUCGGCGGCCUCGGUCACUACGCUGUCCUCUGGGCUGUCGCUCUCGGCGCCGAGGUCACCGUUCUCUCCCACACACCCGCCAAGAAGGACGACGCCCUGAAGAUGGGUGCCAAGCACUUCGUCGUGACAAACGAGGAGAAGUGGUUCGAGCCGCUCAACUUCCAAUUCGACUUCAUUCUCAAUACCGCCGACGCCAUGCACAAGUUCAACAUGAAGAACUACCUGUCCACUCUCAAAGUCAUGGGCCGCUUCCACACCGUCGGCUUCGGUGAUGAGCCAAUCCCCACCCUCAUGGCCCAGGACUUCGCUCCCAAUGGCUGCUACUUGGGCGCCUCGCACAUCGGCAACAGGCCUGAGAUGCUUGCUAUGCUUGAUCUGGCUUCGAAGCAGAACAUCAAGUCGUGGAUUGAGGAGAUCCCGAUCAGCGAGAAGGGUUGCGCGGAGGCCGUUAGAAGGGUGUCGGAGAACGACGUCAGAUACCGAUUCGUCCUUACCAAGUUCGAUGACGUUUUUGGCAAGCGUGAUUAG